ACAGGUCCGUGGUCUGACAAACCUGGAUUCGGCAUGCAAGGCUCCGCGUCGUCCGGACUCAUGGCAUAUUGCGGUGGGAGCCUCCAAACUUCCGUCUGGCCACCCGUAUGGUCAUCAAUGACUAUACAACAGGUUACUAUGGAGCUUUGGCAAUUCAAGUCGCUCUUCUUCGACAGCUCAAAGAGGGAGGAGGCUACUUACUCAGCCCCUCGUUGACUGGCACGGCAAUUUCCAUCCUUCGACACUUCAAAAGCUCCGAAUUGCACAGCUUCCAGGGCUCGCAGGAUGCAGCCUCACCACCCGGCACACUAGAGGGCUGGACUGGUUAUGGUUAUCUCAAGACACUUGAAACCUUUGCCAGUGAUACCCAAGACGCCGAUCAAGUACGAUCCUGUUCUUCUUGCGCCCACGGGGUCAAGCCCACCAUACUUUCCCGGGUUUCCAGAGACUGCGAUAGAUGUCACCCAAACGCUGCCUCGCUUGAAAUAAGAUUUUUUUUUUCCGAUGUGGGCAUGCCAUUCUUGCAAAAGCUCACCUACGUGGAAAGAAUUGGUAAAAAGUGGAUCAACAACACUUCCUCCAUUUGAUCUUCUCUGGUGUAUAAAUCAGAAGAACGCACAUGAGUCUCAAGUAUCGAAAUAUGAAGUUGUCGGGCCGUCACCACCAGGACCUUUUUAUAUGCAGAAGUUCAAACGCUUGUUUUGUUUGUGACCACAUUGAA